GCGACCCGGCACUCCUGCCGGCCUCUUCAGAUCAACGUCGCCCGCUAACUCGUCAUGCCUGGCGUACUCGCACAGCAAUUACAGGACAGAUUCCCCUCGAUUACCCAACGCCUCGGUUCGGAGUCGCCCCAACAGCCUCGGCGGACGAACACCGUUAUCGUGACCCAGAUACCGCAGGAAUUCUUCCAGUCCGAGAUCAUACAUGUUUUACGGACACACUUUGAGUCGUACGGGCCGUUGCACGCGUUUGCGCCACUCAGAAGCUUCGCGCGAGCGAUACUGGUUUACUAUUCUGAAGACGACGCCGAGAUGGUGAAGCAGCUCUGCGACGGUGUCACCAUCGAGCAAACAAGUACCAGCCCUGCAGUCACCCUUCGCGUCUUUCGCGCAGAUCCGACACCCAUCCUGGCUGGAUCAUCAGAAGGCCCGUCAGACAACCACCUCCGACCUCCACCACUCGAGAAGAACUUCCUCAUAUCACCUCCGGGCUCGCCGCCCGUCGGAUGGGAACCGAUCCAAGAAGAACCACCGAACGCCACGCCUCUGGCUGACGACCUCAUCCACGCACUUCAGAAAUUGCAGCUCCUGGAGCGACGGAAGACCGGGCCCGAGGUCCUGCUCCACGCUGAAGACAACGCCGGCAUUGCGGUGUACGUCGAGGAUUGUACGGAUGGCGAGGAGGAGGGUAGGGAAGCGAUGGAUGAGGACUGGGUCUACGGAGAGACGAGGGGCGAUCGGACGAACUGGAAGCCAGCGCCGACCUCCAGGCCUCCAGCAUCUAUCGUUGCUUAGGUGAGUUCAGAGUUCCCAGCUGCCUGACUUCCAGGAUGUAACAAUCUCAGACCUGUACCGAUGCUCGUUGACCGGACAUUUGAGGAUAUCUUCAUAUUGCCUUUUUUAUCUGAUCCCUCGUUUGCUCUCGAUAUGGAAUCCUGGUUUGCUGACGUACCCCUCCAUAGUCGGCGCGGUGUGCACCCGACGCUGUCUCGUAGCGUGUGUCCGACCUUCGCAUGACGCCGUUGAUCACUCAUAUAACUGGCUGUGGAUUUGUGUUUCCAGUUUCGGGACUUUAUUAGUGUUACCCUAUGCAUAGAACACAUCGUGUACUUCCUACCAUCGUUGAUAUUCCGGUGUACUCUUACGUUCUUGAAUCCCUCGCGGGGAACUUCAGUUGUGUCCAUCGCGUUCC